AAGCGGAUCGCGCACAACAACAGCAACGACUACAAAAACAACAAUAACAACUCCAACACCAACAACAUUCCGUCCACUUCAAUUGUAGUUGUUGUUGCUUUUUAUAUUUUGUUGUAUCUUUAAUGCGCGUUCGUUUCGGGCUACGACUUUGCAAAAAAGCAAAAAAUAAUACAAUAAUAAUAAUACAAUAUCAAGAAGUGGCUCGAGUGCUAAGCAACAACUAGGAGUAGUAAAAGAAGAAGCAGCAAAAAAAUUGCUUGCCUAGGCAUUUAAAAAAAAUUGUUCAAUAAUAGAAUAGCAAUAAUAAACGUGCAAAGAAAACACAUAAAGUAAAGUUGAAAGAAAUAAAAUAGAAAAGAAAAUGUGCUAUAAGAAAAGUUAAGAAGUAACCUCAAGUUUUUGUAUCGUGCGCGCUCUAUCUCGCUCUCACUCGCACUUGAUCACCCCCUCUCCCUUCACACAGUCCACCAGAGUCUGUCCCGCUUCCUCUACUGCAUGCAUUCCUUGGAAUCAUUCUAUGUGGAUUAUCAUCGUUAAUAUCGAGACGAGAAGCAAACGCAGCGUUAUUUGGAAUAUUUUUUACGUUAUACCUCAGUCUAUAACGCUAAAUAAAUAUCGUUUUCGCUUAUCGAAAAUACAACAAAAGUCUGUACCGAAUGCUGCCGCCAAAUUGCAGAGUAACUCAAACUGAAAAUAAUUGCGAUAAGGCAAAUGGAAAUAAAUGGUACUAUGUGCCUCAGUUGCAUUCAAUGAGGAGAACCUGAAGAAUCAGAAACGAACCGAUGUGAUACUUGGAGACUAAGCAUUGCAACAACGAUAUAAAUACAUUAGUGUUAACCAUUUAGCGCUAGAUAAAAGCUACAUAGGAAUACCACAAGCAGAUAUAAUUCUACUUCUAUUCGUACAAAAAAGACUUGAGCUGAAACACUUGCCAAAUUCAACAUGGAACACUUGGAUCUGGCUGGUUAUCUGAACACACCAGUUAACUGGAAUCUGGGUGCAUUUGAGCACCAAGAUGUGAUGGACUUGUCGAGCUCACGGCAAAUGCUGGAGCCCAUCAUGGAGGAGACGUCCGAGGACGAGGAGCAUGCGCAGAACAGUUGGAACGGAUACGAGCAUCGUGGCAGCUGCGGCGGCUUCUGGAGCUCCGCAGAGUCUGAAACGGGUUCGGUCAUCAGAGUCGAAAUUAACAAGGAUAUCGACGCCAUGUCCGAACGUGACUUUGCCUGUCCGCCAAAGCGAGCGCGUCGCUCGCAGGACGAACAAAUGAUGCAACUGCAACAACUGCAGCAGUCACAACUACAACAACAACAACCACACAGCUUGGAGGAUGUGGUGCAGCUGCGACGUCCGCCUCCGCCACGCUACGAUGCGGACUCACACAACAGUCUGGAGCGCUUCCUCGCACUCGAAGCCUGUGCCCGCGACAGUUAUGGCAGUCAGGGACAAAGGAACAGCACGGGAAGCAGGCGAGGUGGCUGCUCGUUUGAUGACUUCUACUCGGACAACGAUUCGUAUCAUUCGCUGUCGCGCAGCUCUUCGCUGGUGCAGUUCGAGUCCCUGGAGCGACAGAUGACGUUGCAGGAGCAACACCAGAGCAUGAGCAGCUUAGGAAACAGUUCUCCCUCGUUGCUCAGCUGCGAGACGAUGGCCAGCAGUAGCGGAAACAGCGGCAGUGGCAGCGUUGCGGGCAGCGUUGGAGGCAGCCACAGCAAUCCGGACAGUCGACGAGGCUCGGCGACAUCGCUGCUGAAGCGCUACGAGUCCAGCGAUGGGCGAUUGCAUCAGACGUACUAUGAGCUGCAUAAAUUGGACUUUGAGGAGCAGCAGCGAGAGUUGUUUGGCGCUUGCAAGAGUCUGCAUCAUCAGGCUGAGCUGAAGUCGGACUCGGAGUCGAGCAGCACCUCGAGCAGCGACAGCAGCGGACACUCGAUGCUCAGCGCUUGUCCGGGCAAACAGGAUGCAGGCGGAGCUAGGAGAUUGCCGCUGAAUUCGGCGGAGAAUUUGUCAGAGGAUUCGGGCUAUGGGGAGCCGGGCAGCACAUUGCGACGCGCCAAAUCGAAAAGCAUACCAAAGAAUUUCGACAAGCUGUGCGAGGAGGAGGAGAUGGAGGAGCUGCUGCUGCUGGAGCACGAAGUGGAAGUGGAAACAGCCAAGGCAAAGGCGGCGGCAACAGCGUUAGCGUUAGCAACGCAUUCCAAAAACUCCAAUGAUUUGUGUCAGACAAAAAUAGAGCAGACAAAUGAGACGACGACGACGCCGCGCUCAUCGUCUUCGUCGUCGUCGACGUCGUCUUCGCUAUGCUCUCCAACAUCAUCUAUAAAUAGCGGCGAGAGAGGCGCACGCUCGCCAUCUCCAUCACCAUCGGCAUCGCCAUCGCGUUCGCCGUCGCUAUCCCCAACGCCCAGCGGCUCAUCAACAACAGCCUCUUCUAUGCCGUCGACGUCGUUGGCAUCGCCUGCGUCUUCGUCGUCGUCGUCGUCGCCAUCGUCAUCGUCGUCUGCCGCCUCGUUCACUUGGCUGCGCAACAGUUUGCCCGACAUACGCGAGCCGCGAGGUUCGUCUCCCAAAUCAAUAGCGGAUAACAACAGCUACGUGCUGGCCAACAACAGCAACAACAACAACAGCAGAAGCAGCAGCAGCCGCAGCAGCUCCUCUGCCGAGUGCUCACCAGUGCUGGCCACAAGAGCCUCGACGACGAGCAGCGUGCCCAACGAGCUGCAGCAGCUGGGACGACGCAGACGCGCCAAUCGUCCACGCGCCAAUCGACCGAGCAGCAGCGACGGACACAGUUCUAGCGAGGAUCUAGAUCAGUUUGAUUGCCACAGUUUGCCGCGCAUUCGACGCAGCUGCAGCUGGAACGAUCGCGGCGGCGGAGCUUCAGCUGGCGCUGGGUAUUUGAAUGCCAGCUAUCAGAAUUUGACACUCUUGGAUUACACGGAUCAGCGGGAGAAUUGCAAACGCAGCUCCUUCACAGACAUGGAUAAGCGGGGUGGCAAGGAUUACGAGCAUCUCAUUUGUAAGGGCAACUUUCUGCUCGACGAACUGAGUCAGAUCUACGACAAAAACGUCUCCAUACUCAAUGACAAGGCAGUCGACGUAGAGGAAAAGCAACCGGUGCCCCACAAAUCGGUGCAAGAUUUAGUGGAUGAGGCGCCACCACAAGUGCAACAUGUGCAGCUCACAAUACGCAAACCGCCGGCGCGACAACGACGCAUUGGCCAGGCGGAUAAGGAGCCAGUGGUGCUAUCGCAGGAGGUGACACCUGUGUUGAGUUUCAGCAGCUUCGGCAAGACCUUCGAUCAGGAUCCAACCAAUCUGCGCACCUCUUACGCCCAAUCGCUGGAACAGUGCAACAUCGAUGUGCCGCCGACGCAGCCCAGCAGCAACAGUUGCCACAACAAAGCAGCACAGCCAGUUCGUAUGCUGCCCAAGCGUCGCUUUCAGAGCACCACAGCCAAGCAGCGUAGUCUGGUGAGCAGCACGCCCAAUCUUUCUGCCUUUGAUGGCGGUGGCCAGGAGACGGAGGAUGACAUCUAUGUAAGCAGUGCGCACAAUUCAAUGCAUCAGCUGCCACAAACAGCCGCACAACCGAAGCCAUUGGGCAUCUUGUUGCCAGCUGGAUCACGUAACUCGUUCAGCAAAGAGGUGAGCUUUUGCCCUGUGGUCAGCAAAUAUUCCUGGCAAGAGCAAUCGUCGGAGGAGCCGCCAGAGGAACAGAGCAGCGAUCAGGAGGAGGAGGAUGACGAUGGGCAAGAGGAGGAGGAGGAUAACGAUGCCACUGUUAUUUAUAACACCAAAGAGAACGAGAAUGUUGCAGCGCGCUACAAUGCAGAGCAGCAGCAACAACAGCUAAGGGCACUGCAACAACAGCAACUGCAGUUAACAGCGACGCAACAUCAGCAGCAGUUAACAGCGGCGCAACAGCAACUAAGAGAAACGCAGCAGCGAGAGCAGCGCGAACAAAGAGCGCCAGAGCGUGAGUGCGCGAUCGAUGAGAAGAGCGCAGAGAGCGAUGAUAACAACGAAAACAUCGCUAGCGCGGACACGAACCAGCAGCAAACGACGCAGCAGCAACAGCAGCAGCCACAAACGAAAACAUCGCAAACAUCGCAGCCAGCAACGACGACGGCGGUUUCAGUGCCAAGCGUAACUGCUGCUGUCAGUCUUGAAACACGCGUCGUCGCGAGCUCAUCGUCCGCGCUCGUCGCUCCAGUUCCAGCCACAGUUCCACAUCCAGUUACCGCUCAAGUGCCAGUUGCAAAUAAUUUGCCAACGCGUCCCUUAAGCCUGCACUUGCCCAUUUUAAGUGAACCGCCCACAAAUCGCGCUCACCACAUUUUGUACGCCUCGCAGCAACUGCUGCAGCGUUACGACAACGACAUUGACAUCGACGACGUCGAUCAUCAUCGUCACUUUGAUCGCAGCAACAUGUCGAAAUCAUCGCAAUCCGUCUCCUUGACGCCCAGUGGCAACAACAACGAAUCGCCGCUGAAGCAACGCGCAAAUAAAACAGAUGAAAAGCAUCCUAGCUCAAAGAGUUUUCUAUCGCGUUUCGCGCACGGUUUGCGUUUCUCGUUGCGUCGCAAGAAGAAGCAGCAGCAACAACAACAGCAGCAGCAACAACAGCCGGCGACAACAACAAAGGCAGCCAAGCAGAGCGCAAAACAAUCGCAGCAGAGCAAUGGCAAAUCACAGGAUAUCGUACACAUACCCCUUAAACCGCCACGCAGCAACAGCGGCGCACUCGACGACAGCAACAUCUCGGAGGCGAGCACAGCGAGCAUGCACAGUCGCCAAACCACAACAACAGCUGAGUUGGAACAGUUGCCCAAAACGUCAACGCUGCAGAAGCUGGUCACAGGCAAACCGCCGUUGCCCAAGCAGCCGCCUCGUCUGACGCAUGCGCCAACCAGUGCUGCCCAUCAGCAACAACCGGCAGCUGUGGCUAUCUCCAGUGCUGCCCAUGCCAGCAAUGCGCUGUUGGAUGCCGAAAGGGAACAGUAUGCGGCAUUUGCCAAACAGUUGACAUCGGGCCACCAGCAGACAAACACAACAGCGAUGCGCGAAACGGAAACGGUUGCGGGAGUAACGGGUACAGAAUCGCCAUCGCGUGCUAGCGUUGCACAAAAGACGCAAAUGUUCAAUCAGCUGGGCGCCGGUGCAUCGUCGCGUCCCCUCACCAUGGUCACCGCGGUGCCGGUUGCUGUCUCGCCCAUGCUGGACAAUAAGAUGGGUCUCAUCGAGACCAAUUUGGACACACACGAAACGGUUAUAUCGGGCAAGACGCGUUCGUUGAUGGACAUCACUUGCAAUCCAGUGCAUCAGCAGCACAAACGUUAUUUGGUCAAACGGUUGAAUGUGACCAGUGCUGCUUAUGAUGUUGAGCAUGAAGAUGAUGAUGACGAUGACGACGUUGAUGGGCAAGGGGGUCAGCACAUCAAAACAUCGAAUCAGGCGAGCGGAGUGCAAAUUGCAUCGGUGCGAAGACCGCACAAAAGCAUGGAAUUUCUGUUGGAUAAAGAGAAUCAAAAGAAUGUUUUGCCACCUGAGAAUGAGCUACAGAAAUCGCACGAUCACAAUCCGGCCGCCCUGAGCGAGCAUCAGCUGCGUGUGCAGGCUUCGCUGCAGCGUCUGAACAUCCCCGACUGGUUCCGGCAAUACAAUCAGAAUGCCGCACGCUCGCCAGAUGGCGCCUGUGCUGCGGCUGGCGGAACAUCGGCGACAUCUGGCGGCUACAAGCCGGGCAACUUUACGAGGAAACGCACACAGGAUUCGGGACGCUGGCAGGGUCUCAACUCGAAGACGACUUCGCUCAGUUCGCUGGGAUCACAGCGCUCCGAUCGUAGUCCCCUGCUGUUGAGUCCCUCGGCGCACAGUCACCACGGUGGCCAGAGCAGCAGUGUCGUCGGCUCUGCGGUGGGCGGCCAUCAUCAUCAUGGCCAUCAUGCUCAGGGUGUGGGCGCCACACGUUGGUCCACCUCGCAUCUGAACUCCACACAGACGUCGCCGAGUGUCUCUCAACGCGGCAGCUUUGCACGCGGCGCGCCCAUCAACAGCAGCUUCAUGUCGGUGGCCAGCGGCAGCAGCGCCGGCGCCGGCAGCGUGCUGAGGAACUCCUAUCGUCAGCCUUAUCUGGGCUGGCGCAGCACAGAGAAGCUCUCGCAGCGCACGCCACACGAAAGGCUCGCCAACUCGCUGCUGGCGCAACGCACGUCGCCCACAUCAGCCACAGCGGCGACCACAGCGAAUGGAGUGCGUUCCCUGCAACCCGUGACACCGGAAAUCCAGAGCUCCAUCAAGGAGGUGACCUCGGCCAUUGUGCACUACGUGAACGAUCAGACGUUGCUACAGCAACAACAACAGCGCAGCCGCUCGGCUAGCCCCAAUUCUAGAAAGUGCUGGCUGGAGAGCAGCUUCGUUGGCACACGGCCACUCGAUUCACCGCAAACGCCCGUCAUCGACAGCAGCAGCAGCCCGCCCACAUCCCAACACCAACUACAUCAGCAGCAGUUCCACUUGGAUGCCAGCACUGUGGUUGCCACUGGACAGCCGCCACUACGCAUGAACGGACUUAGCCGAGUGGGCGGCGGUGGCGCGCCUGAACGCUCGUUGAGCAGCGCAUCGCUAGAAGAUGUCUUAGCCUCACUUUUAGGACUGCCAACUACCUCCUCCUCCAACAGCCAGAACACCAAUUCCAACAGCAACCACAACAACCAGAACAACAGAAAUCGAAAUCAAGCAGCAGCGGCGACCAUUCCAGGGUCCUCGACGACAGCAGAUUCAACAGCUAGUCGUCAACAACUCGAAGUGGAGCAGCAGCUACUGCGCCGUCGCAGCGAGGGUGACGCGCCUAGCCAACAGCAACAGAAACAGAAGCAACAGAACAGUCAACAGAAUCAAACGCAAUCGCAAUCUCAAUCCCACAACCAAUCUCAGUCUCAAACACAAGUCUCAACUCAACCACAAGCGAAUGCCAGCAAUCGGCGCGUCUCGCUGGGCGACUCCAACGCCCACGCGGACAAGAGUCUCAACAAUGGCAGCGUCUGCAACGCCAACGCCAACGCCAACGAGCAGCAGCUGCAGAUCAGGUGCCGGAACACCAAGUGCGAGCAGAGCGCCACGCCCGCAGAUGCCAAGAAGCUGUACAAGUCAUGCCACAAUUGUACCCAUCUAUAUUGUUCACGUGAGUGUCGGCGCGCCCACUGGGAGAAGCAUCGCAAGGCGUGCCUGCACUCGCGCGCCUCCAAUCUGUGCCGCCAGGUGUUAGCCACCUGCAAGGACGACGUCGACUCGCAGCGUCACCUCAGUCUGCUCGCCCGCAAGGGAAGCUUGUCCCAGGGACGCGGCGUUGUCCGCGUGCUCUUUCGCAGCGCCGAGGCCGCUGAGGGUUUCAUCAAGCAUGGCUUCCAGUGCAUGGGCGAGGCAUCCUACGUGCGCUGGCCGGAUCUAAUGCCCGCUGAAAUGGGCCUCGAACUCUAUUCGGAACUACUCAAGCUGAGCACCGAAUACAAACCAGAGUCCAAGAUGCUCAUCUACGUCGCCAUUUGCGUUGUCUCCGAGGCCCCGGGCAUGGGUCAAGCCCCAGUGCGCUGGGAACGUCAGCUGGUGUCGCGUUGUGCCAAGCUGAAGCUCUGCAAGAGCGUGCUCGCCGAGCUGGAGCUGCAGCAACAGGCACUGCAACAGCCACUCGCUGUCAUGGCGGUGCCGGAACGCACUGAGAUCCUUAUACUCACUUUCAACCCGGGUCUGCGCACUGUGCCCGGCAAUCGGGAGCUCAUACUGUCCAACAUUCUGGACAUUUUGUCACGGCGUGGGGUGCUGCUCCGAAAGCAUUACCCGGAGAUCUUUCAGCGACUGCAGACCUACACCGAGGGUCAGACGGACAAGUUCAAUCCGGUGACGUUGCAUCCGCGUGACUCGCAGACGGGACAGAGCUUUGUCUGCAUCAUUAUGCCCGUGCACACGGACAGCGAGUUCAUCAAGCUGCCUUCUGCUGCUGAUGGAGGCGGCAACCGAGUGACCACCAUUGAUGUUGGCUCUCCGGCGGCAUUGGCUCAAUUGGAUGAUGAUGAACUGCUCACGCGUACUACGCCAGCGAGUUGAUUGAAGGCGAGCAGCAAUAGCAGUAGCAACAAUAACAACGGCAGGCAACGGCGCAGCGGCAGCGGAGGCAGUAGCGGCAGUGCCACGCCUCCAAAUGUCCUUAGCGCCGCCUACGGGGAUUCCCUGGGCUGCGGCCUGGAGAGCACGCGCAUGUGAGUCGCAGGUCCGUGAACCGCUUCCAAAACUUGCUCUCGACUAUGUAGCAAUUAAGUCUGGCAACAAGUCAAGUCGCUUCUAUCGUUCUAACUCUACUCUACAAUAUUCAUGUUAGUUAAUCAGCUGUUCUGUUACUUCGAUUAACUAAACUAGUUACUAGUUGGCAGUACACCAGUAUAUCAGUAGGGCCCUCCACUCGUUGUUUGGUACACAUACAUCCUAUCCAAUCUAGACUCUCGCUAAACUAUAUCUCUCGAAAUUAUUAUCAUUUCUUAAACACUCAAAAGCUUUACUAUCAUAUAUAUCUCUGAGCUUACGAGCGGAGUAACUCUCUUGCGUCGCAUGCAAAAGCUACAUGCUAUAUAACUACAAGGAAGGUCAACAGAGUGCAACACAUCAAGAGAACAUUGUAUUGUACUAUAUACAAUAUAUACUCGUAUCUAGUUGUCGUACAAUAAUAGUUAAGCUAGUUCUCAAUGGAUGGCACUUUGAAACAACCAGAUCCCUUAAUAUGUAUCCUGCAGCUUCCAUAAAAAAAACAAAGACAUAAACUAAACACUUGAAAGUUUAUAAAAUACAAUAAUAACUUGAGCAAACAGUCUAGAAUAAGAGCCCAUAAGUAACUUUUUUGGGGUAAAAUACACCAGACAAACAAUUUCCUAUUUAAGCUGCGGCACAACUCGAAGCAUAACCUCACUUUUUAUAAUGCAAUUCAAGACAAACACACUCACACACAUCAUAAACUAUAACUACUUUAAUAUAAAUGAAAGUCACUACAAAAAUAUACAUAUUUAAUUGCAAGCACAUACUUACAUUACAUUACAUACAUUACAUUACUUGUAACUUUUUCUCUUGUACUAUGUGUUAAAUGUAACAAAAGCAAAUCGAGAAGCAUUUGCUUAUGGCCUUAUUUAAAGUUUGUUGAAUUUGUUCUGCCCCUCCAAAAGAAAAGUAACAUUUUGUAGCCUUUUAAAUUAGGUUUUUAAUUUAUGUGUAAGUAAAAGUGCGGAUCUAGGUUAGCUUAAAUAUAUCUAUUAGUUAAAUUUAUGUACUAAAUACUAGAGAUGAAAAUCAAAAGAUAACUAAAUAUUGCCCAAUAAACAUUUUUGAAGUUCACGUUUUAGCUAAAAUAAAUAUAUCUAUAUUUAGAGAUCGAUAACUCUCCCCAUUCCUUUGCUAAAUUUAAAUUGCUUAACAAACAUUACAAUUUAUACAUUUUUGUGUAAAUAAAACCGAUAAAUAAACAAAAGCCUGUACUGCAUUCGAAUACAGAGCUUACGAUCGUCGAAAUUCUGCUGAUUCAUACAUAACAUAUACUAUAUAUCAUGCGUCAUUAGUUCUCAAAAUGAUAAAGAAAACUGUAAGUUGUUUAGUACGUGUAAGAGGGACUUGAAAAACAAUAAAUA